AUGGCUUCCGCGUAUGCGUCAUGGUCCAAGAGGUGGAUGCGCCCCGAGGUGUACCCGCUGUUCGUUCCGAUGGCGGCGGCGCUGGGCAUCUGCUCGUACCAGCUGGUGCGCAACAUCACGGGCAACCCGGAGGUGCGGGUGACCAAGGAGAAGCGGGCGGCGGGCGUGCUGGACAACCACGAGGAGGGGGAGAGGUACGCCAUGCACGGCCUCCGCAAGUUCGUCCGCGGGAAGAAGCCCGAGAUCAUGGCCUCCAUCAACUCCUUCUUCGCCGACCCUCCCAAGGACGCCUAG